UCUAUGAUGGGUCCACACUAUAUUUUCUAACCUGUUUAACCUGUACAUUUUGUUAUUUAAAAAAGGAAUAUUUUGAGAUAAAAUGGUAGAAGUAGAAGUUGCUUUAAAUUUUAAAGAUGGAGGAUCAGUUGUAUCUCUCAAACCAAUUUUUUCGUCAGACGGCGAAACUUUGUUUAUAUGUUGUAAGAAGAAUAUAUCGGAAUAUAACAGGAAAACUGGUAAACUAAUGUAUGAAUAUCAAGGAACAUCACCUGACAAUAUAGUUGGAUUUAGUUAUCUCAUAUAUGAUUCCUACCCUUGCCUGGUUGUUUGUUACGAGUCUGGCAAAGUAACAGUUUGGAGAACUAUGACUCAUUUUAAAAUAAUGGAAAAACAAUUUCAAUUUAAAAAAAUACGAACGUUUAAUAUUGUCACCACAGAAAAUACAGAGUUAAAGGCAAUGAUAUCAUAUGGAAGUAAAAAUCGAAUUGGUUUUACCAUAAUAGAUAUAAAAAAAUGUGUAUCAAAAAAUUUUUCCUUCAGCAUUAAAUUAGACGGUCACAAGUACUUCCUUGACGUCAGUGAAAACAAAUAUUUUUCUGUUGUAUAUGGAAAUAUUAUUUAUUUUGUUAGUUUAAAUGAUAAAGCUAUUUCAAGAUAUGCCAUCGAUAGUACCCGAAGUUUUACCUGCAUUGCUUGCCAUCCAACCGAUGAAAUUGUUCUCAGUGGUGAUAGUUCUGGACGUGCUAUAGUAUGGCGAAAUAUUUUUGGAAAUAAAGUUAAGUCUGUUUUCCACUGGCAUACAUUGCCUGUCCGAGCACUAUGUUUUUCUACCGCAGGUAGCUACUUUUAUAGUGGAGGAGAAGAAUGCGUUUUAGUAAAAUGGCAACUUGACGAUGAAAAUGAAAAAAAAUUUUUACCACGGUUGGCCGCGGAGAUUGAGCACAUUUCACUGGCCACUAACAAUGUGUAUACAGCCGUAGCAACCAGAGAUAACGCUGUGAGAAUUGUAGAUAAUCAGAUGAACCAAGUUAAUGUUAUUCAGCAUCUAGUAUUAGGAGAACAACAUGAAAGUGGCAUUAUAUACGAUCCCAGAACUAAAGCCUUGGUUAUGAACGGCAAUCCAGGACAUGUACAGUUUUACUCUCCUAAUGAUGGGUCGCUUUUAUACAGUGUGGAUGUAGUGGGGCGAAACAGAAUAACAAACGAAAGGGGUGUCAUAAUGGAAAACACAGAUGUAACAAAAGUAGCAAUAAGUAAAAAUGGAUUAUGGUUGGGUACAGUUGAGGAAAGAAGAGAUAAAGUGUACAACAGCGAAAUAAGGCUAAAAUUUUGGAAAUUUAAUAGCGAGAUGCAAAAAUUUGAAUUAAACACAUCUGUGGAAUAUCCUCAUGACAAAUCUGUUAAGGAAAUACUAUUUCAACCAUUGAAUAAUGAUGAUGGUUUGCGUUGCGUAACUUUAGGUGAUGACAAAAAAUUUAAAAUAUGGCAACUGGUGGAGUCAGACACACUUGAAAAAGGCGUGGUUUGGAAAUGUUUCGGUAUAGGAUUUUUUAGAGAUUUCAGCUGCUCGGGAUUAUCUUUUUCCGUUGAUGGUUCCCUGAUGGCUAUAGGCUUUGAUACUAUAGUAACCGCUUGGACGCCCGAUUCGUGUGAAAUUAAAUGUUCAUUAUUUCAUCCGACUCACAAGGGGAAAAUUAAAUGGCUUAAAUUUGGUUACAGUAAUCAGUGCCAUCUCUUGGUAUCCGCAAGUGCAUAUCAACUGAGUGUCUGGAAUCUGUUGACGCUUUGUAUGAUCUGGACUGUACCUUUAAGGGUUAGUCUUCUUAUAGCCGAUCCUUUAUCGACACAUAUGGCAGUAUUAACGGAGAAUAAAAAAGUAUUUGUUUUUACACCUAACUCUCCAGUACCUCUAUUUUCCAAUGAAGAUUUGUUAACGAAACAAAAAAAUAUAAUUGCUGCCUCAUUUGUGCCUAGCAAAUAUAGUAAUGAUGCCGAAUUAAGUUGGUAUGAAAGAUCUCACCUCUAUUUCAUAAAUUCAAAAAACGAAUUAUACUAUAUAAGUAGUAAUGAAGUUAAUCUGGAUAUUGAAGAUGAUAAGUUCGACGAGACAAAAUCAAUAUUUACUAUGAUGACACCAAAUGCUAGAGUAAAUUUUGUGCAACACCCCGAAGCGAAAAAGCAGUUAUUCAGUAAAGAUUUAAAUCAGAAAACGUUUAAAAAGUUUUUGGAGGCUCCUAUUCAAACAAUGGCACCAACACGUUUUACGUGUUACUCAAUAUUAAAAUCUUUAGUCGUACAAAAAGAAACUGUAAGCUAAAAUAAAU